AUGGCCAAACUCAUAGAGAAGUUUUGGCGUCUUGAAGAAGCGUGCUUUCAAGACUGGGAACCAAAGCAACAUGACGAAUGCGAGGCGGAAAGUCACUUCCGCACAACGUUAGAGAUCGCUCCCGACGGGAGAUACAUUACACGAAUGCCCCUACGGGGGGAGCCGUCAUCGUUAGGCGACUCUUAUCAACAAGCAUAUAGAAGAUUCACAUCGCUUGAGCAAAGGCUCAAGCGGAAUGCAGACCUGUACAAAGAGUACAGGGCAUUCAUGAAUGAAUAUGAAACACUGGGACAUAUGGUACCAGUCACCACAGAAGACUUUCACAAAGUAAAGUAUUUCAUCCCUCACUCGUGUGUGGUGAAACCAGAUUCAACAUCCACCAAGGUUAGGGUGGUGUUCGACGCAAGUGCAAAGACGUCAACCGGAGUAUCCCUGAACGAUAUACAAAUCGUGGGACCAACCAUUCAAAAGGACUUAUUUGAUCUGCUAAUUGAUUUCAAGACGCACAACGACGUGCUAGUAGCAGAUAUUGCAAAGAUGUACAGACAAAUUCACAUCGCAUACACAGACACUUGGUUACAAUGUAUUUUGUGGCGCGACAGCCCCAAUGAUCAAUUGAAAGCGUAUAGACUGACGACUGUCACAUAUGGUGAAGCGUCUUCAUCAUUCUUGGCCUGUAGGGCACUACACGAAGCAGCUGAAGAUUAUCGGUCGGUAAAUCCGAGAAUUGCCGACACCAUUCAACGAUCGUUCUAUGUUGACAAUCUAAUGAUUGGAGCGUCCAACGCAGAUGAACUGACGGAGACGAAACGAGAAAUAGAGCAUGCAUUGUCACUUCAUGGAUUUCCACUUCGAAAGUGGGCAUCAAACAACGCAAGCGUACUGGAAGGAAUUCCAGAGAAAGACUUGGAACCAUUGAUCCAAGUUGGUGACCAAGAGGUCAUAAAGACAUUGGGGAUAGCCUGGAACCCCAAAACAGACGUGUUCCAGUUCAUCAGUACGAAAAACAUAGGUGAAACAUACGAAGCGCUCACAAAGCGACAGAUGGUCUCGAAGAUUUUGAGACUGUAUGACCCAAUCGGAUUGAUACAACCUGUAAUCAUUACAGCUAAAAUAUUGAUGCAAGAAUUGUGGACUUAUAACGUCAGCUGGGACGAUGAUGUUCCAGAUCAAGCACUAAGCUCAUGGAAGAAGUUCGAAGCUUCAUUAGUGGAGCUCAGCAAGAUAGAAAUACCUCGGAUGUCGACUCCGAGUCAUACGAUCGCACUAGAUUUACACGGAUUCAGUGACGCCUCCGAAAAGGCUUAUGGAUGCGUCAUUUACUUACAUGCAAUCAACUUAAAAGGAGAAGAGAGUACGAAUCUCUUAUGUUCGAAAUCGAGAGUGGCGCCUUUGAAGAAGGUCACUCUGCCCCGUCUGGAACUCUUGGCGGCGGCACUUCUAGCAGAACUAACUGCUAAAAUAAAGAGCAUUCUGGCCGGUCGAAUCUCGUCGGAAUAUUACUACAGUGAUUCACAAGUAGCGCUAAGUUGGAUCAAAUCUUCAAAUACACGUUGGGGAACCUUCAUUAGAAAUAGAGUGCAGAAGAUACACUCCACCACGAAUCCAGAGCAUUGGAAAUAUAUAUCUACGAAAGAAAAUCCGGCUGAUAUGGUUUCGAGAGGAAUUCCAGUCAGAAAAUUACGCGAAGCAAAACUAGAAUUUUGGUUACACGGACCGGAAUGUAUACGAAGAAGACAAUAUUAUCUGCAGAGCGGCUACGAAUACACUGCUGCUGCAGAACAGGAAGAGAUUAAAGAACCAAUAACACGAUUGGUAGCAGCAACAGGAAAGGCAUGCGAAGACUUAAUCGCAAAAUACCCGCACCAUCACACUCAUGACAAAACAGUAAGACACUUUGCAUGGCUGUGUAGAGCCAUAAACAAUAUGAAGAAGGUCAAUAAAGACACAGGCAUCAGAAACGAAAAGAGAUCGGGCCCACUCACCACCACUGAAUUGAAUGAAGGACUAACAUUCGUAGUCCGAAUUAUGCAAGCCACUAUUUAUCCAAAUGAAGUAGCGGAAUUACGAAAAACUGGGAAGGUGCCUACGAAAGGACCUUUCCAGCAUCUCAACGCAAUCGUCAGAAAUGGAGUCAUACAUGUCACAGGGAGACUCCACAAUGCAGAAAUGCCCAUCUCACAAAAGAAUCCAAUAUUGAUUCCCAAAUCGCACCCAUUUUCGAGGGUAAUAAUUCAAAAAAUACAUGAGGAUAGAUUUCACGCCGGAACAGAUCUGGUAAUAAACGAAUUUCGACAAAGAUUUUGGAUGAGGGAUCUCCGAAGGACCGUACAAGGAGUCAUUCAACGAUGCAUCUUAUGUGCCAAAGCGCGGCCCAGACGUUUACAGCAACGAAUGGGACAACUGCCCUCGCCCAGGGUAAAUGAAUCAGUAGCGUUCACUCACACGGGAGUGGACUUAUGUGGGCCAUUCGAAGUAUAUCUCAAUCAAAAAUCGAAAUGCAAGACCACAGCAUAUGCUUGCAUCUUCAUAUGUUUUGCGACCAAAGCAGUUCACCUAGAAGUCGUCGAAGAUCAGUCGACGGCAGCGUUCAUAUCAGCACUUCUCCGUUUCACAUCAGUGAGGGGAAUACCCGAGGUUAUUUACUCCGACAAUGGGCGGAACUUUGUCGGGGCCAGCAGAGAACUCAAUCGUUUACGAAGAAUAUAUAACAAUGAAGUUUUUCAAAACAAAUUAGUUGAUAUUGCGGCAACUCACAGAAUAAGAUUUUCAUUCAUUCCACCCCGAAGCCCCAGCUUUGGAGGACUUUGGGAAGCGAACAUAAAGGUAGCCAAGCGGCUCUUUAGUGCAGCGGCCAGAGGAGCACAGCUAAACAUCAUGGAAUUGCAGACACUGUUCUACCAAGUGGCCGCAAUAAUGAAUUCGCGACCACUCACACCUGUUUACACGACGCCAGAUUCACCGACCGCGAUCACACCCGGUCAUUUUUUGAUAGCACGCCCAAUGCUAGCCGUGCCCAUCCCUACGCAGAGUGAGGAUGGAAGCAAUCUCACAACCAGAUGGAAACGAGUACAAUCGCAGCUCGAACAAUUUUGGAGAAGAUGGAGAGACGAGUAUCUCCACCAGUUACGUGAUUAUGCAAAAUGGACCAAGCAACAAGCCAACGUUAAGGUAGGCCAAAUCGUAUUGAUCGGAGACGAUCACCUUCCCGUAGCAAGGUGGCCUAUGGGAAUUGUCACACAAAUACACCCUGGAGAUGAUGGAGUAGUCCGAGUGGCAGUAGUGCGAACCGCUACCGGAAUUUACAAACGCAACGUGCGAACACUUGCUCCUCUACCAGUCGAGGAGCACACCAUUCAACCCAUUAUAGAAGAGUAUGACAACACAGCUGAUAACGAACAGCAAUCUCAAGCCGAAGCAAUCGAACUAGAAGACGAUCCCCCUCCCCAAGCACCCCAAAUGAUUUGGGACGGUAGACUACGCCCUCGUCCCAAAGGGGGGAGAAAAUGGAAGUACACGAAAUCAGAUUGGGUGACGACCCUAUGA